CAAAGUGUGUUAACAAUAAGACUGAAAAGGACGAGGCGGAGUGCAGAAUAAUAAAUAAGUCAGAGGUGAGAUGCGAUUUAGUUGAAUUUUGUCUAAUCGAAAUCAGGUGGAGAUAACACACGCGUCAAGUGUUUGCAUCAUUCUCGCCUCGAGUUCAUUGCAAUUUAUUAAGUUCAAUAAAUCAGUUGGUUAUUAAGUGCUAAUCCAGAUUGGAGGAUAAAUGAAUGCAGGUUUAUUCGUAUAUCCAUUUCCAUGUACGUUAGUAGCAACAAAAGCGUGUCAGAAAUUGCAAGCGUCACAUUUUUUAUUAAGACUUCAUAUAAUACGAUUAUUUAAUUGACUGGAAUGUUUAUAUCGCAAUUUAUACAAGUUUGUUACAUAAGUAAAUAGUAGAGAGUGAUGUCAAGUUUUGUGAUAAAAAAGUGGUUAUUGGACCCAUUUAACAAGCGUCAAAUCAAAGGUCCAUGCAAAAAUGAAUGAAACUUUAUUAAUGUCAAUGCUGCACAGUCAACAGUAAAAAAAAAUCUCUCCCUCCAUUCAUCCUCCUCCUUCCUUCAGAAUCUGUUACAGUUAAAAUUCAUGUCAUCAACUCGUGAGUGCACGAAAUUAGGCUUGUUUUAACAUUAACUGCUUAAAUAGCAGUAAAAGUGAAGAGUUGUUAUUCGAGUCAGUCAUCUCUUUCUUUAACGCGUUAAAAAUAGGACGGAUUUUUCAAGAAAAGACUUUUCUUCUGAAGGAAAAAGAAGACUCGUAGCGUAGCCAGCGGAAACAGCAGAGUUUUGAGAAAAACCCGAAUAAAUAUUAUCCGGGUAACAGAGAACACAACUCUCCCUGCUCAACUGCAUGCCUGCCCACAGCAGAAUUCGAACAUAAGGAAAGUUUCGGCCUAAUGACGGAGAUGCAUUCGGAGGAGUUUCACCACUGACUGGGAAAGUACAAAGUGUUAGAAUGAUGUCCGCAAAAGUGGUGGUGUAUUAACCCGACGAUAAGAAAUCAAGGCUGCUUAAUCUUUUCAACCCGUCAUCUUCCCUCAAAAUCUAUCAAUAAAUAUUUGCAAUAUCUAUUUUUCUCCUGGUAAAUCGCACCAUUAAUAAAUAACAGAUAAUCAUCACUCACUGCCAACCAUGCGGAGAGGGGGAGGUUACACGAAUCAGUCGUCCGUACUGCACAACGGUCCGCAGCAGCAUGGUCCCCAUCAUCAAAAUCAACAGCAAAACCGGAUGGGUCCAAACAGAAUGUAUCAUCAACAGCAACAACCCCACCAUCACGCCGCACAACAGCAACACCAACACCAUCAAACUCUUCAAACGCUUCAAACCCUGCAAAAUCUUCAGAACUUGCAGAAUCAACAAAUGGUGCCAUAUGGGCAGCACGUCAACAACGCGAGACCACUCUCCUUCCCGUCCCCUCCGUUACAACAGACGAAUAAUUUGACGUCGUCGUCGUCGUCAAACUCGAAUCAACAACAUUACGCGGCUGGUGGUGGUGGUGGUGGUGGGGGAGGCAUUGGCCCCACAAAUAAUCUGGUGUCAUUGUCAAAUUCUAAUAAUAGUGGGGGUGGUAUUAGCAGCAGUGCAAAUUAUUCUAAUCCAAGUACCUCUUCGUUGUCGGGGUCGAUAGCGUCUUCCGCCGUGCUGGGGGGAGAUAUGCCACCCGUGGAAACUGUUGUUGCCAGAUUGGAAACGGCGUGUCGAUUAUUGCACGGAAUUGGGGGCAAUCACACCAGAGUGAAUGAGAUCGGGGUUGAAAUCCUGAUCUUGUCGGAAGAUUUGAGACGGGUCGGACCCUUGUUGGAGACUGCUUAUCCAGACGUACUAGACCGAGUCAUGAGUUCAAUGAGAGACGCUUCCGCUCAGCCAAGUCUUCCACCCUCUCUGAGACUAGCGAUCUUUGAGCUGGUAGAAUUACGGGCUUCGAAAUGGAUGCUUCCUAGUGAUAGUUCAAAUUAUUAUAGGCAACGAAGAAAUAUUAAUGAAUCCGUUGAUCUAACUCCAGAAGUAUCAAAUCAUCACUAUAAUAGUUCCUCCUCCUCGACUAGUGGGGCCGGAAAUGCGUCGUCCGCAAGUCAGCGUGUAGUUAGUUCAUCAAUACCAAAACCUGAAGUAAUUUUUCCGUCUGAUCGGUCCCCUUCACUCGGAAGUUCGCCAAUCCCUUCAAACUCGACAACUUCGGAAACUUCAAAUAAUGCCAAAACGUAUCGAGAAGAGGUUCUAAUAAAGAACUCGGAUUCGGGGAAAGUAAUGGGCGUCCGAGGUCGACGCGUCCAUAUAAUUGAGGCAAUAAGUGAUACCAUAAUUUCAUUUGAGAAAGUUGCCCCUGCGGCGAAGGAACGCGUGCUAUCAAUUAACGGAUAUUCUCAGCAAAGUAUAAACAUGGCCAAGCAAUUGAUUCAAGAGACAAUUCAGCGAAAUUCGUCUCCCGUCUUUGACGGUCUUGUGUCCACGGGGUCAGAAUAUUCUGGCGAUGGAGACGACUUAGAUUCCGGGAUGGUUGGUGCUCUCAAGAAAAUGAGUACUUCCGGUGCUUUGCAGAAAUUUUGCUACUCUGUCAACUUGGGAGAAGAUGUCCUCCGAAUUACGGGGAGCAACUUGCAAUUUGUUCAGGAAGCAAAGUUUGCCCUUGAUGACUACUUUUCCCAAAAAUACCCAGAGUUGUUCUAUGCCAGUAAUGAUGUCGAAGACGAAGAAGAAAUUUCAGAAGAUGUUCAAUUAGUUCCAAAAUACGACAGAACAACGUUACUGAGUCUUUCUCUCGUUAAAACACCAAUGCCAAAUUUCACCCAUUUGGAUCCAGAAGUUCAGAACUGCAUAGUUCUUACAACACCGAGAAAGUUUGAUCCUGAUAAAUUCUGCAGGGAAAUGUCGACCGGUGAUUGGGUGACGCGACGGGACGGAAUUUAGUGAAUUGAUAAGAUAUAAAAUUUACUAAAUACUAGUCAUCACCAACUACUAAUUAAUCUAAUUAAAUAUGUAGUAAUUAAAUUUUGUUACUCAUAAAUAAACGUUUUUCUCAAUGACCUGAAUGGACUGUGCCAAAAUUAUACAUACAUUUACCUAAUAUGAAUGAAUUUGGCAAUUUAAUUAACACGAAGAAGACUAUAAAGCUUUGAUGGAAAAAUUUCUAUGUGAUGAAUUUACAGCUUAUUUAAAUAUUUGGAUAUUUACAUGUAUGUGCAUGUGUGUGUUUACUAGUAAAUAAGAUUUUUUUUAUUAUGCAGAAGACCUAACGCGUAAUAAUAAUUCUUCGUCAUUCUAUUAAAUCCUCUUUUAUAUUUCUGUCAAUAACGAAGAUGGUCAAUGGUGUGGGAAUAAAAUUUUAGUAGUGCAAAUAUUUGCCAAAUUA